AUGAAAAGUACUACGUUAACCAAAUUCUACUGUAAAACAUUACAAUGUACCAACUUUGUUGGCAAGUUCACAACAUCUGUUAGAAAAUUAGUCCAAGAAGUGGAGUGUGGAGAUCACACCCGUGAAGGUGCUAUCCAAACCAACGAACGUCUUCGUAAUGUAACUAGUAAAGUAAGUGAAUCUUAUAGCAAAGUUAAAUUGUUCUUAACAACACUUCAUGAAAAGUACGAUGCUUCCAAAUCGGAACGAAAUAUCUUCCGUCGAUAUGCUUUAUUUAAAUCAAUGAUUAAGGAAGUGAUUCCGCUAGACGCUCAGUACUGGAGGUUGGUGACCAUUCCCAAACAAGAUAAACAGGAGCAAGUCACCACGUAUGUCCUCCGCGCAUGUGCAGCUCUGGAAAAGAUAACUGAAGCUAGACCAGCCGAAGGAACGAAAACUCAGUCUUCCAAACAUGGCGAGGACGAAGCUCGAGACAGAGAAAAGAAAGCUAGGUUUGACGGAAUGAGUAUUGAAGCUAUUGAAGACGAAAAUCAGCAGCUCAUUAACGACCUCUACCGUCUUCUGAAGAAAUAUACAAACCUGCGGAAUAUCGUUCAUGAAUUGAAUCUAGCAUACAGAGACGCGAGACUUUAUCCUAUUAUACCUCGUUAUACCAUGCUAAAAGAAAUGAUAAAAGACGUAUUGAGAGACCCAAACUAUAUGGAGGUAUGCCACGAAGACGUGGGGAAAAAUUUGUGAUUAACGCGCUUCAAAUUGAUCGCUGAGACAACGUCGCUGGUCGUGUCAGGAAGUUGCCGCCAGAAGGACACGCAAAUUAAUGUUUUGUUGAUGUUGUUUUCAGUCUAUCUACUUAAUGUCUGUGAUGUUUGGCAAAUUCGUGCAGUUUUUUUGUUUCAAAAAUAACUUUAAACAGUAAUAAAUGAAACGUUAAGAAGGUCAGCAUCUAUAUGCAAGGAAACGCGUGUGUAACGGCUUAUAUCUAAGGUAACCCAUUAUGAUUUUCUGUUUAAAAAAAUAAUGCCGGCUCUGUACUCUAAAAA